AUGGGUUCACGGUUUCCGUCCCACCAGCUAAGCAAUGGCUUGUAUGUCUCGGGCCGACCUGAGCAACCUAAAGAGAAGGCUCCAGUCAUUUGCUCCUCGGCUAUGCCAUACACUGGUGGGGACAUAAAGAAAUCUGGAGAGCUUGGAAAGAUGUUUGAUCUCCACAGAAAAUCUGGUCCAUUGGGUAAUCAACCUUCAAGGAAUACUUCCUUCGGUGGUGCUGCCAACAACUCUGGACCAGUUUCUAAUGCUGUCGGUCGCUCCAACUACUCUGGUUCUAUUUCGUCUGCAGUUCCUGGUACUGGAGGAUCUUCUAGAACAAAAUCUAAUUCUGGACCUCUCAAUAAGCAUGGAGAACCAACAAAGAGGUCAUCUGGCCCCCAAUCUGGUGGAGUAACCCCAAUGGCCCGUCAGAACUCUGGCCCUCUGCCUCCUGUGCUACCUACAACUGGGCUAAUCACAUCAGGUCCUAUCACCUCUGGUCAGUUGAAUUCAUCUGGUGCUCAACGGAAAGUAUCAGUCCCUCUUGAUUCUAGUGUAUCAAUGAAGAUGCGUACCACCUCUUUUGCACACAACCCAGCUGUCACAAAUCUCAAUGUGGGAGAUGGUUACUCGAUUAAGGGCAGCAUUCCGACCACAAUAAUCUGGCUGGUCGCGUUGCUCUUUUUGGUUGGGUUCGUAGCUGGUGGCUUCAUUCUCGCUGCUAUUCAUAAUCCGAUCUUGCUUAUAGUUGUGGUGGUGAUAUUUGGUUUUGUUGCUGCACUGGUGACCUGGAACAUCUGCUGGGGAACAAAAGGUGUGAUCGGGUUUAUCAGUCGCUAUCCUGAUGCAGACCUUAGAACUGCAAAAGAUGGAGAGUAUGUGAAGGUUACUGGGGUUGUUACAUGUGGAAAUCUGCCCCUUGAGUCCUCAUUCCAACGGGUGCCGCGAUGUGUUUACACUUCAACUUGCUUGUAUGAGUAUAGGGGUUGGGAUUCGAAAGCUGCUAACACUACGCAUCGCCGAUUUACUUGGGGUCUCAGGUCAAUGGAGCGACAUGCAGUGGACUUCUACAUCUCUGAUUUCCAGUCUGGACUGCGAGCAUUAGUGAGGACAGGAUCUGGUGCACGUGUAACCCCAUAUGUGGACGAAUCUGUUGUUAUUGACAUAAACCCAGACAACAAGGACAUGUCGCCUGAAUUCCUGAGGUGGCUCCGUGGAAGGAAUCUCUCGAGUGAUGAUCGGAUUAUGCGCCUUAAAGAAGGAUAUAUCAAGGAGGGCAGCACUGUGAGUGUGAUGGGUGUUGUUCAAAGGAAUGAGAACGUGCUGAUGAUCGUUCCUCCAGCUGAACCCAUCUCCACUGGCUGCCAAUGGGCCAAGUGCAUCCUCCCGGCCAGCCUCGAGGGCCUGGUCCUGAGAUGCGAAGACACAUCUGACCUGGAUGUGAUACCAGUCUAG